ACUUAAAAAAAUUAAAUCUAUUUUGAUAAAGUCAACAAAAUAUUAUUAUUCACAACUCAUCUCAACGUACAAGUGGAGAGGCUAGGGGUCGGAUGUGUGAAUAGAAGGAAUUUAUACCUUCUAAUAAUACGUUGACACCUCUGCAUUUAAAGAGAGAGAAAAAUAGAACUGUAUCCAUGUAAAUAAAGCCCAUACAAUCUCUCACCCUUGCCGUUCUCUCUCUCUCUCCCCUCUUUCCCUCUCGAUGACGAUGAAAGUCUGCUCUCUCUCUCCCCUCUCAAGCCAGCCGAAGCCCACUUUCUCUCACCCCUCAAUCUCUCUCAUUGCAAGCAAUUGCCCAUCACUUUCUCUCAGCCUUUAGUUUAGUGGUAUCCUAACCUCAAUAAGUUGCUAAGUGUCCCACCUAACAGAGCAUUCGAUACCUAACGACUAUCCAAGUUGCCAGGAUCCAACUCAACAUACAGAAAAAUAACCAGAGGCAAAGAAACCUAUCUGUCCACCCAGUCUAGCAGGACAACCUUGGCCAGCAUGUCUGUGAUACCCUUGGUGGUGAACCAAGCUCUUGUUAUUUCCAUUGUGACGUCACCAAAGAAGAUGAUGUUUGCCGUGCAGUUGACUUCAUUGUCAGUAAAUUUGGUACACUUGACAUCGUGGUCAAUAAUGCUGGUUUGUCAGGUUCAUCGUGUCUGUUCAUCGUGUCUCGAUAUCCGCAGUGCAUACAUAUCUGAAUUUGAGAAGUUAUUUGAUGUAAAUGUGAAGGGAGUCUUCCUUGGAAUGAAACAUGCAGCUCGGAUUAUGAUCCCAUUGAAGAAGGGCUCUAUAAUUUCUCUGCGCAGUGUUGCAAGUGCUUUAGGGGGGCUCGGUUCACAUGCCUACGCAGGGUCCAAGCAUGCUAUUUUAGGGCUCACCAAGAAUGUUGGGACUGAGCUUGGACUACAUGGGAUACGUGUCGACUGUGUUUCUCCUUAUGCUAUUCUAACAGGCUUGGCUUUAACUCACUUGUUGGAGGAGGAGAGAACUAAGGAUGCCAUGGCAGGUUUUCGUGAUUUUACUGGGAGGAAUGCUAACCUGCAGGGAGUAGAAUUGACCACUACUGAUGUGGCUAAUGAUGUGCUAUUCUUAGCAAGCGAUGAAGCAAGGUAUGUAAGCGGAGCUAAUCUCAAGGUUGAUGGGGGCUUCACAUGCUCAAAUCACUCACUUCGGGUGUGUAGAUGAAAUUACAUUCAAGAGGCUCAUGCCUUGCUUUGGUGUUAGUUGGAGUUGUGUUAACUAUGGUCCUUUUGGCGGGCAGGGCUCUUGAUUAGAAAGGGUGGGUAAGUUCUUGAUAGGAUGUCACUUUUUGUUUUAUCAUGUUUAUAAGUUGCAGCUGGAUCAAGUCUUCAUUGAUUAAACAACUCUUAUGCUAUUAACAAUCAUGAUAUAUUGAGUAGAAUUCCGAAAGAUAUAUAAGAUUGUUCUUUCUAAAUAUGUUGUUAACAACGGUUAUGUACAGAGAGGUGAUAAAAAAGUAAUUUUUGUUUUCAUUUUAAAUUUAGCUAAAACAGUAAAAGUGAAACAGUCAUGAUAUAUUAGGGUUUAUGAAUGUUUUUUUCAAAAUCUUUAAAACCUUUUGUCAGUCAUAUGGGCUUGGCUAAUAAUAAUUUCUGCUUAGUUACUCCCAAAAUCAGUAUCCCCAAUGAUGAAAUAAUGGAGUGGCUAGAACGCUUUAGGGAAUGCUGCAUAAAUGGAAGCCAUCUAUCUAAUCUCUCCAGUCAUGCUUAUUAAUCUGCUCAAUAAAAGUCAGUAUGAUUGAUAAACAUACCUUGUACAAAAGUGUAUAUUGCUUAGUAAUUUUCAGUGAAGAAGAUUACUUUUUAUUAUAUGUUGGUGCAAAGAAGUUUGUUGGUCAUUCCUGAUUUCUUGUGCUUCAAAGAAAGUGCAUAUUCCCAAUAAGAUUUUAAUUUAUCAAGAAGGAGAUCGCAUUAAGCGGUUUAAUGUCGUUCAAUAACCAUAUUAAAUGGUUGUAUGUCCAACAGUUAAGAAAGACAUUAUGAUUCUAUGUAAAUGUAUCUUUUACUGUUAAGUGUUGAAAAACAGUAAGGAGAGUUGAAGUAUCAGCAGCAUGAUUC